AUGCUUCGAAAUUCCUUAUUUUUUCGUAAAUUUCUUUCUAAUUUGUAAGUUUUUAUGAUUAAUUUUUGUUGGUUUUUGUAUCUAGUGGAAGGGGAAGUAUUAGGUUGAGUCAAAAUUAUCCGGCGGUUUUAUUGGCGCGUUUUUUGUAAGUUAAAAUUUAUGUUUUGUUAAUAUUUUUUUUAUAAAAAUAAUCUUCUCUGGUUGGUUAAUAAAAUGGCAGUCGAAACCCAUACUCAUAUUUGCCACAUUAUGCUCUACCACUUCGAGAAAAGUUGGAAGUCAGCACGGUCAUUCCGCGAUCUCAACGAACUUUUCGGCGAAGGAACAAAAAAUAGACACGAUUUCCCAGUGGAUGAUUCCGCUUCUGUCCCACCACACAUACCACGUAGCCUUCUUACAGUGGACGUCUUUUGGUACUCCUUUGGACGAAACACCUGCCGAUUUUUUUCCUUCGCCGAAAAGUUCGUUGAGAUCGCGAAAUGACUGUGCCGACUUCCAACUUUUCUCGAAAUGGUAGAGCAUAAUACGGCGGAUAAGAGUAUGGUUUUCGAAACACAUUUUAUUAACUGAAUAGUAAAGAUAAUUUUUAUUAAAAAAACAUUAACAAAACGCAAAUUUUAACUUACAUAAAAAGCGCCAAUAAAACCGCCGGAUAAUUUUGACUCAACCUAAUAAUAAUUUACAAUCUGAGUUGACUUUUUUUUUAAAAAAUGUUGUUUUAGUUCAUACAAAUGCACAGUGCAAUCUCAAAUUUACAUACCUCGAAGAUUUCAACAUGACGAAGAAUUCGGUGAAGAGAUCGUGGACGAAAAGGAUGUGUUUCAGCCAGUGGAGCAACAGUUUCAACGCAAAACACAGCUGGAACAUAUACUUUUGAGGCCCGACACUUAUAUCGGCUCUGUGGAAUUCUGCGAUCGAACUGUGAGUGCACUGUGCGGGAAAUUUAUAAAAUUGACGAUUUUUUGGUUGAAAAAUUUAAUCAACUGUUUUUUCCAGCCAAUGUGGAUCUAUGAUGCCUCCGAAAAACGAUUGAUCCAUCAGCCAAUCAGCUUCGUCCCAGGUUUAUACAAGAUUUUCGAUGAGAUUUUGGUGAAUGCCGCGGAUAAUCGUCGAAGGGAUAAGAGAAUGAGCAAAAUUGAGGUUCAAAUUGAUCGGUAAGCUCUUUUGCGAGGGUCUUAUUCUGUUUUAGUCAAGAGAAUCGCAUAUCCAUAAUGAACAAUGGCCGAGGAAUCCCGGUGGUUUGGCAUAAACAGGAGAAAAUGUAUGUCCCGGAACUGAUCUUCGGCACGCUCCUGACCUCAUCAAAUUACAAUGACAGCGACAGAAAAACAACUGGCGGGAGAAACGGGUUCGGAGCGAAACUGUGCAAUAUUUUUAGCAAGGAGUUCACACUGGAGACGAGUUAUAUUCAAAAUGGAAAAAGCUUCAAACAGGUAAAAUACGAUGACAUCUUUAAGGAAAUUUCUCGAAAUGCAACGGUUAAUUUUAUUAUUCCAGACCUGGACGGAUAAUAUGACCUCAACUAGUGAACCUCAAAUUGAUGUGGCCAAGUCAGAAGACUUUACAAAAGUCACCUUCACACCGGAUCUUCAAAAGUUUGGAAUGAAGUCAUUGGACCAUGAAAUUAUUGGGCUGAUGAGUAGAAGGGCGUUGGAUAUAUCGGCCACAACUCGGGGGGUCAAGGUGUUUUUGAAUGGAGAGUUGUUGCCAGUAAGUAAUUGUUCUGGAAUGAGAUUUUGAAAGGUAUUUGAGGCUGUUUUAGUGAUGAUUUGGGGUUUUUGACCUUAUUUUCGGCAAAAAAUGGUGAUUUUGGAAUUAUUUUUUGCAAAUUUUUGUUUUUUUUUUCGUUUGAAGAAAAAUUUGGGUCUCUUAUGACAUAAACCUUCACAAUAAAGGCAUUUUAGAAACGAUUAAGGUCAGUAUUGUGUCGUAUUUAACUAUUCUGACCUUUUUUAGGCCGAUUUUUAUUUUUUUGUUUAAAGUUUUGCCUCGUUUCAGGUGAAUAACUUCCCAGAUUACAUGGAUCUCUUCUCCACCGAAGGUCCAACCAAAACUAAAUUCAUUUUUGAUCAAAAUCGCCGCUGGCAAAUCGGCGUCGGCGUCUCGAACAAAGGCUUUCAACAGAUGUCGUUCGUGAACUCGGUGUGGACAUUGAGAGGCGGAAGACAUGUUGACUUCGUUGUGGAUCAGAUUGUGGAUUGCCUGAUGACCGAGAUCCAUCCCCGUCUUCGGAAACAAGGCAUCCAAUUGAAGGCGCAUCAGAUCAAAAAUAAUUUAUUUGUGUUUGUGAACUCACUCAUCGAAAACCCCGCUUUUGAUUCGCAGACCAAGGAAACGCUCACAACGAAGCCGAAGCUGUUCGGAUCCGAGUGGAAACCGACUUCUGGAUUCAUAAAAAAGGUGGGAAUUGGGGAGAAACUCGGUAAAAUCGAAAAAUUUUACUUUGCGUUUUGCAGAAACUAGAGGUUGAUUGGCUGAAAGCAUAAAAAAAUUCGACUUUUACGUCAUUAUGUUACCUUGAACUAAUUCCGAUGAUUUCAGCUCCUCUCGGCCGGAAUUGUCGAAGCCUCGGCCACAUUGGCCAAACAGAAACAGCUGGAGAAGUACGAGAAGGCCAACACGUAUGUCCGAACACCUCAGAUCGAGGUCCCCAAACUGGUGGACGCCAAUGAAGCAGGGACUUCCAAGUCCUCCAAAUGCACAUUGAUAUUGACGGAAGGGGAUUCGGCCAAGUCCUUGGCAAUCGCUGGACUCAGUGUCAUCGGACAGGACAAGUAUGGAGUGUUUCCUUUGAAGGUAAGGGAGGCUUGGGAUGUACAGGGUGUUUCAAGAAAUUUGGAAGAAACUAGUUGCGAAUAUUUUUGAGCUCUUGCUAGUUAUCGCAGAAAUUCUUUUUGUUUCUAAAACUUGACAGCGGGCGGUUUUGUACUGAACAAAAAAAAAAAUUUUUUCGUCGGCGGAGAGGCCAGUUCUCGGCGGCGCAUUUGGGGCCUUUUUUAAAAAUCACACCUUAUUACAUCGUGGAAACUCUGUUACAGUGGCCAAAAUCAUGUUUACGUUAAACCUCCGUGGAUUUUGCGGUAUGCUUUUUUUGCGUUUUCGAUUUUACGCAACAUCCGCGGAGGCGCGACGGAGACCGCAGAUUUCGGCGGACUUUGUUUUGGGCACUCGGUUUUUGCAAAUCCAUGUUGGAAAAAAGGUUGGGGCGAUUUUUUGUUGUCAUCCGAUGCACAGAGGGCAAAAAUUUUGUACUUUUUUCCCCCGGCGGAGGAUUCGGCGGAGGCUUUCUCAAAGGGUCAAAACAAAAUUUUGACUCUUUUGAUAAAGCCUCCGCCGAUGUGUCCGCCGGAUCAAAAAAAUAAGAAAAAUGGUGUUGCUGUGAUGGAUUCUUGUAGCUGAGUUUUUUCCCGGGCUCCUAAGACUGUUCUGACCCUUUGAUAAAGCCUCCGCCGAAUCCUCCGCCGGGGAAAAAAAGUGCGAAAUUUUUGCAUCUGUGCAUCGGGUGACAACAAAAAAUCACCCCACACUUUUUUCCAACCUGAAUUGAAUGAUCCAAAGGCUCAAAACGACGUCCGCCGAAACCUGAGGUCUCCGCCGUGCCUCCGCGGAUGAGCGAAAAUCGAAAACAAAAAAAGCAUACCGCAAAAUCCACGGAGGUUUAACGUAAACAUGAUUUUGGCCACUGUAACAGAGUUUCCACGAUGUAAUAAGGUGUGAUUUUUAAAAAAGGCCCCAAAUGCCUCCGCCGAGAACUGGCCUCUCCGCCGACGAAAAAAAAUUUUUUUUUGUUCAGUACAAAACCGCCCGCUGUCAAGUUUUAGAAACAAAAAGAAUUUCUGCGAUAACUAGCAAGAGCUCAAAAAUAUUCGCAACUAGUUUCUUCCAAAUUUCUUGAAACACCCUGUAGAAUUUUUUUUUUUUUUUAGAUUUUGUGGGUCCUUGGCUAAAUUUAGUGAAGUUUGGUCGGUUUCUAAUGAGUGUAAAGGGAUUUAACUAUGAUUUUCGAGAUUUUUUGACAUAAUUUUAAAUUUUUUCUUCAAGUGCGAACUAACUUGUGUCCGAUUUUUUCAAAUUUCCCAUAAUUCCAGGGAAAAAUGCUGAAUGUGCGGAAAGGUGGAUACAAACAAGUUUUGGAGAACUCGGAAGUUAAUUCCCUCAUCAAAAUCCUUGGAUUAGAAUAUAAAAGGACAUACGAAAGCGAGGAAGAACGUAGCAAUCUCAGGUAUGGGAAAAUCAUGAUCAUGACUGAUCAGGUAAGUCAUCCAAAAAAAAUUUAAUGCGGUUUUUGACUAACGGGCUGACUAAUUUUCACGUGUUUAGGAUGAGGACGGUAGCCAUAUCAAAGGAUUAAUCAUUAAUUUUAUCCAUCAUAACUGGCCGGAACUUUUGAAACAUAAUUUUAUCGAGCAGUUCAUAACACCCGUGAUCAAAGCAAGAAAAGGAAAUGAGGUGAUCGCAUUCUACUCGAUUGCUCAGUACCUCCAAUGGAGAGAAAAUAAUGAGGAUUGGAGCGGAUAUAAAAUCAAGUAUUACAAAGGCAAGGAGAAUAUGAAUUUGGAUGUUGGGAGUCACUGAUUUGAGCUAAAAUUUUCAGGAAUUUAUUUAGGUCCCUUGCAGAGUGUGUAGGUCAAAUUUUGAGAAAAUUGGGGAAUUUGCCCUGAGGAUAUUAAUUUUUUUUAUGAAAAAGAUCGUUUUUUCAUCAUCUCUGAAAAGACCAAUGAAAUCGUUUAUAAAUUUCGUUUUCACUCCCAGUAUUUUACAGGUCUUGGCACGUCGACUUCAAAAGAAGCCAAGGAAUACUUUGGCGACCUCCAAAGACAUCAAAUUCAAUUCGAAUAUUCGGGUCCCCAGGAUGACGAAAACCUUGAUUUGGCCUUUUCCAAAUACCGCAUCGAAGACCGGAAGGCGUGGAUCACGGAUUGGAUGAACAAAAAGAAGUCCAGAGAGAUUGCCGAAGAGCCCGAGGAUGUUAUUUAUGAUCCGGAUAUCAGAUCGUUGACCUUUUCCGAGUUUGUGAACAAAGAAUUGGUGGUGUUCUCGAAUGCGGACAAUGUUAGAAAUAUUCCCAGUAUUGUGGAUGGACUCAAACCGGUGCAGAGAAAGGUAGGUUACAUUGAGACUGAUAUAAUAAAAAAAAUAUGAGAAAAGGAGCUGAAUUAAUGUAAGAAAUAUGCUUCUAAUGACCAGUCAUGGCAAUAUAUUGCUUCAUCAAAAAUUUUUCCAGGUCCUGUACACCUGCUUCAAGCGCUAUGACAAGAAGCAACUGCGGGUUUUACAAUUGGCCAGUGCUGUCGGAGAGAUCACCGCCUACCAUCACGGAGAUGUAAGUCUCAUCUUUACGCCUUUUUACGACUUCAGAAAGCCCUAAUGGAAGCCGUAGUCCAGAUGGCCCAGAAUUUCGUGGGUUCCAAUAACAUCUCUCUUCUCCUUCCCCAUGGCCAAUUUGGAACCCGAUUGGAAGGAGGAAAAGACUCCGCCUCGCCGAGAUAUCUAUACACCCAGCUAAACCCAUUGACGAGGCUGAUUUUCCCACAAAUUGAUGAUCAUCUGUUGCAGGUAAGGGCAAAAUUUGAGUGUUUUUGUGGUGGGACCAAGGAAUUUUGAAAAUAGUUGGGUAAAUAACACAGGGGACUCGGAUUUACUUAUAAGUAAAAUUUUUUACUUAUAUUUACCAAUAACUUACAUAUAAGUUAAAAAAGGCGGGGCUUAUUUAUUUUUACUUAUAUUUACGUUUAUUUACUUAUAUUUACAAAUAGCGGUACUUAUAUGUAAAAAACGGCGGAGCUCGUUUAUUUUUACUUAUAUGUACAUAUAUGAGCCUCGAAAAGAAAACUUUUGAGCGUCAAAGACGCUUUUUGGUUUCUGCACGCGUUGGCCGGACUUGGAAAAAUUCUAAGUUUUUGGAGCGUCAAAGAACGUAUCUCAACCUUGGAUCGAAUAAAGUAAGUUGUUUGUAGUCAGUUUUUUUCUUUUACAGGGUAACAGAGUGCUCAGAUCAAAAGUUGCGAACGCGAGAACCUUCCCGAGCAUGGAGCAUGUCAACGUCAAACUUCACGCAGUUCGCAAAAAUCUAUGAACAAGCACUAUGAGGAAAGAAUUUGGAUGAACAACUGUGUGCUCAAAUGGUAGGUGUUUUUUAACUGUUUUCACAUUUCAUAAAACCAAAGAUUUUUCCAGACAUAGUUUUGCUAUGUUGUACUAGGUCCAGGUGAAGCCUCUAGGUUUCAGAUUAUCGAAAAAUUGGCCGUGGAGGGUAGUAAAUGGACAAUGUACACACGAUCCCGGAAAAAUGGCACUCGGAUGAUUCAGGUAUGUUGAGAAUAUUCACCUGGACCUAGUGCAACAUGACAAACUUGGUGUCUCGAAAUUUCAUUGGCAAACUUGGUGAACCUAAAACUAAUUUUUUCGGGGUGCAGAAGCACAAACAAUUGAGAAGGGCUUAUAGUAAAUAUCGUCAAACGACCUUAUCUUCUUUAUUUUUGCUAUUUUCAGUGAAUCCAGACGCAGAAAUCGCCAUAGAAGAUCCCGAAAAUAAGCAAUUGAUGCCUCAUGAGGACAACAACAGAUGAGAAACCUAUCCGGAGCACACAAGAUGCGUUACCGACUUGUAUUUGUCGUUUUUGAGAAUCGAAAUAAACGUUUAUAAUAUAAUCUGCACUGUGCGUAAUUCUGGGUUACAAAUAAGUAAAAUAUCCUUAUUGGUAAAUAUAAGUAAAAUAUCCUUAUUUGUAAAUAUAAGUAAAUUCGGAGCGCGCCGAAAAUAAAGUUUACAUAUAAGUAAUUUCAGAAUUACUUAUAUGUACAAUUAUUUACUUAUAUGUACGUUUAUUUACUUAUACAGGGUGUUCCUAGAAUUAUGGAAAAAACUAUUCAUUAAUAACUUUGUGCUCGGUGGUCCAAUCCAAAAAAUUUUUUUUGCAUCUUACAGGAAAACCUUUGAGUUUUUAGAAUCAAGAAAAAUUUUUUUCUUUGAUCGGCGGAGACUCCGGUAAUGCUUUUUUCACAAACGAGGUUGCAAAUUGUUGUAUGUGUGAAGUAAAUGGGCGGGAGAGGAUUCAAUAGAUACAAUAUGACAUUUGUUUCAAAUUUUUUUCAUUCGGCGGAGACAUUUUUUAACCUCGGCGGACGAUUUUUCUUCGACUUUUGAGAGUCAAAAUUGGCUAAAACCAAAACAUAGGUAUUCCUGGUGGCAUGGCGCCUAAAUACGACUUAUUACGUCUUCGGCCUACUGAGAGAAGAAAAAAAGGCAAUUCGGCGGAGAAAUCGGCGGAGAAAAAAAUGAACCCAUUUUAUAGCCUCGUUUGUGAAAAAAAGCACUCCGCCGAAUUCAAGGCGGAUUACGGAAGUCUCCGCCGAUAAAACGAAAAAAUCUUUUUUGAUUUUAAAAACUCCAAGGGUUUUCUGCAAAACGCAAAAAGAAUUUUUCGGAUUGGACCACCGAGCACAAAGUUAUUAACGAAUAGUUUUUUCCAUAAUUCUUGGAACACCCUGUAUGAACUUCAAUUUCAUAUAAGUAAAAAAGACGUACAUAUAAGUAAAUCCGAGUCCCCUGUGAAGAGAAAAUAGUUCCUAAAUCACGAAAUUUUAGCCCAGAUUCGAUGUCGACAUGAUAGCUGAGCCUAUUUGGUACGCCCCGAUAUUACCCUUGGUACUGAUCAAUGGAACCCUGGGAAUUGGCACCGGUUGGUGCUCCAAAAUCCCGAAUUAUCGACCGGAAGACGUUGUAAACAAUCUGAAAAGGAUUAUCCGACAAGAACCAACAAUCCCGAUGGAACCAUGGUUCAAAAACUUCAAAGGGACCAUGUACAAGAUGAAUGAUCGAAGAUUUAUCUCGUACGGCGAGAUAAAGAAGAUCACCAACAGCUCGGUUGAGAUCACGGAACUCCCAGUGAAGGUGUGGACUCAAGUCUACAAAGAGCAGGUGAGUAUGGCUCUAAAAUUGAACAAGGUUUUUGAUGUUUAUGAUCAAUAUUUUUGAUCAUAUUGGUAUUCCAGGUGCUAGAACAAAUGCUCAAAGACAAUAUUAUCGAGUCGUUCAAGGAAUACCACACCGAAAGCAGUGUAAAAUUUGUGGUUAGGAUGAAUACAAAGAAAUUGUUCAAGGCCCGCAAGAUCGGGUUACAUAAAGUUUUCCGUCUCAGGUCGAUGAUGUCUCUAAAUUCGAUGGUCUUGUUCGACGCGGACAAUCGAAUCCGAUUCUACGACUCUGUUGAGGAGAUCCUAAGAGAAUUCUUUGAAAUUCGAAAAGAAUUUUACGAAAAAAGGAGGGAAUUUUUGAUGGAGAUGAUUGCGGCCGAAAAGAAAAAAGUCGAAAAUCAGCUCAAAUUCAUGAGAAUGAGGCUGGAAAACACAUCAAAAUUGGAGAGAAAACCCAAAGCUGAGCUGAUACAGCUUUUGAAGGCGCAAGGAUUCGACGCGGACCCCGUAAAAUCUUGGAAACAUCAGAGGAAACAGGAAGAAGAUGAGGAAGAGGAGGUAAAUACACGAAAUAUUGACUAAAACAGCGUUUAGAAUAAGGAUGCCACCUCCUACUUUGAUUAUGUCCUCGGAAUGAACUUUUGGAAGAUCUCCGAUGAGGAAAUGACCCGAUUGGAAAAAGAAAAAGCCCAAAAAUCAAAGGAUUUGAAGCGAAUUCAAGGAGAAGAUUGGCGAAUGAUGUGGGAAAAUGAAUUGGAUGUGUUUCUAAAAGAAUACAGAAAGCAGGUAAGCACCGGUAUAUUUAGAUAUGAGUUUGACGCUAAAUCUGUUAAUUUUUUUAUGGAAAAAUUAAAUUUUUUUUAUCUACAUUGAAAUUAUCUCUUUUCAGGAAGAAAAAAUGGAAAAAGAAGAACUUGCAUCGAGUCAAAAUGACAUUGACAAGGUCCAACCUUCUUCGAAAGGCACUAGAAUUGUCCCAGAUUACUCUGCGCCUAUGAAUUAUGGGAGAUCCAAGCGAACCGAGAUGGAAGAUGAUGUUGUACUAGAUGAAGAAGUUGACCUCAAAGAACUUGAAGAUAAUGAAUGA